AUGGCUCCUCGAGCUGGCUUCAAUACGGACCAGAUAAAGGACAAAGCGCGCAAGGACCUCCUCUACCUGCUCGAGGCUGUCCGCGGGAAGAAGAACCUCAUUCUUGAGCGCAGCUUGGCGGGCCCUAUCAGUACCAUCGUCAAGGUCGCUACUCUCCAGGAAUACGGCGUAGACAAGUUCUUCUUCCUCGAGAACAAGAACGCCGACACCAGCCAGCGGAAUGUCAUCUUCAUAGCUCGUGGCGAGUGCGCUCGCCAUGCGUCAGCCAUAGCAGAGCAGAUCCGUCGCUUACAGCGAGAGAGCCAAACAGGCCAUGAAUUCCACAUCUUCUGGGUGCCUCGACGAACACUCGUCUCUGACAAGUUGCUCGAGGAGGCCGGCGUCUUGGGCGACGUGAACAUCUCUGAACUGCCUUUAUACUUCUUUCCCCUUGAGAAGGAUCUUCUCUCCCUCGAGUUGGAUCAAUCUUUCCGCGACCUGUAUCUCUCGAAAGACGUCACACCGUCCUUCCUGCUCGCCAAGGCAUUGAUGGAGAUCCAACAGAAUCACGGCUUGUUUCCUCGGAUCAUCGGCAAAGGCGACAACGCAAAACGAGUUGCGGAGCUCCUAGCACGAAUGCGACAAGAGAUACUUGCGGGCGAGGAUGCGAACGAGACGAAUCGAGGUGGCUUGACACCAAGCACACUUACCGAAAGUGUCAUAAUAAUCGACCGCGAAGUGGAUUUUGUCACUCCUCUGUUAACUCAACUGACCUACGAGGGGCUCAUCGACGAAGUAUUCGGCAUCCAGAACAACCAAGCCGAAGUUGAUACGACAGUUGUCGGUGCCCCUUCUCAAUCCUCAGCGACAAGCGCGCAAGCCAGGAAACGCAAAAUCCAGCUGGAUUCCUCUGAUAAAUUAUACGAACAACUUCGCGACACAAAUUUCGCCAUUGUCGGUAGCUUGCUGAACAAAGUCGCUCGCCGACUUCAGAAUUUGCAGAAGGACUACGAAGGACGAAACAGCCACAAAUCCAUCGCUGAGCUCAAGGACUUUGUCAGUAAGCUGCCCGGAUAUCAAGCGGAGCAGCAAAGCCUGCGCAUACAUACGGGUCUGGCAGAGGAGGUCAUGAAGUACACACGGACAGACCAGUUCAAGGGUCUCUUGGAAGCUCAGCAGAACCUAGCUGCUGGCGCGGACCCUUCCUCCCAAUUCGAAGCCAUCGAGGAAUUAAUCGCCCGCGACACACCGUUACCGGAAGUGCUGAGGCUGCUUUGCAUCUACUCAUGCAUAUCAGGCGGCAUCAAACCAAAGGAAUUCGACCAGUUCCGACGACUUAUCCUCGAGGGCUACGGCUAUCAGCACAUCCUCACCCUGAAUAACCUCGAGAAGCUUCAAUUGUUCUUGUCCCGCUCUUCUCCAUUGGCAGAAAUGAUCCCGAUGACUGGCUCUGGUGGUAACACAACAGGGACAAAGACGAACUAUACGUAUCUCCGCAAACUUCUGCGUCUCAUCGUCGAUGAAGUUCAGGAAGACGAUCCAAACGAUAUCGCCUAUGUGUACAGCGGGUAUGCGCCACUGUCAAUCCGUCUUGUGCAAUGUGUGCUGCAAAAGCAGUAUCUGCUCAAGGUCACCAGAGGCAAUGGCGUAAGUGGUGCGACAGGAGCGUCCGCGGCACAGGGCUGGCACGGCUUCGACGAGGCCGUAAAGCACGUCCGUGGGCAGACAUUCUACGAGCUGCAAAAGGGUGAGGAGAAGGCCGUCAAGGCUCGAGCGUUGCUUUCGGGAGGCACGGAGAAGCAAACGGUAUUUGUGGUGUUCGUCGGAGGCAUAACAUUCACCGAAAUCGCUGCUUUGCGGUUCAUUGCAAAGCAGGAAGAAGCUCGGAGAAACAUCGUCAUCUGCACAACAUCGAUCAUUAGCGGAGACCGGAUGAUGGAUGCGGCAAUUGAGAAGGAUUCUUUUGCAAGAGAUAACGUCAAGCCGGUGAGCCCAAUAGCAUGA